CGCGAACUUGUGCAGACGUCUGGUGAAUGGAAUCUGUAGAGGGAAGACUUGCUUUUUUUUAAGCUUCGAGUCGCAGGAGUAAGGUCCUCUCAGGGUUCGAGCUGACAAGAGUUGACACUCAGAUUACAGCUGGAAGGAAUUCUCAGGGCUUUGCUACAGUAUCGUCCACUAUUCUGGGAGAAAAAAGGGUAACCGGCGCAGACAUGGUCGACGUGUUGUCAGCGACUAAUGUGACUUGGAGCAAGAAUCCCAUCACGUUCUUGAGCCAGAUCCAACAGCUGGGCGACCCGCGAACAAAGGACUACCCCCUGGUCGUAAACCCUCUCUUCGUGUUUCCCAUGAUCCUGCUCUACCUGUACUUCGUCAAGGUUGCCGGUCCAAGAUGGAUGCAGAACAAAGAACCGUUCCAAAUCGUCAACCUCAUCCGCUUCUACAACCUCGCCAUGGUUGUCCUCAACGCCAGGUUCGUGUAUAUCGUUUUAGUCUUUACGUACCUUCCCGGAGGUCGCUACAGCCUCUUCUGCCAGGGCAUCACGGGCUACAUGGACGACGAGCUCACAGAGUACUACAAGACUGGCUGGUGGUACGUCGCGGUCCGCUACGCCGACUUCCUGGACACCGUAUUCUUCGUCCUUCGCAAAAAGUUUACGCACAUCACACAUCUGCACGUCAUCCAUCACACCAUUGUAGCCAUCAACGCGUGGUACUAUGUGCUGUUUGCGCCAGAAGGACAACCGGCCCUAGGGCUCAUCAUCAACGGCUUCGUGCACGUCGUAAUGUACGCCUACUACUUUCUCGCUACACUUGGACCAGGUGUUAGACAGUACCUCUGGUGGAAGAAGUACCUCACACUGUUGCAGAUUGUUCAGUUCGUGAUUUACAUGGUUCACAUGUCGAUUCCCUUGUUCGUGGACUGCGGCUUUCCGAGGUACCUCAUCCACAUUGGGAACGCGCAGACGUUCCUCAUCUUGUGUCUUUUUCUAAACUUUUACAUUCAAUCAUAUUCAAGGAGAAAAGAACCCUCUACAAACAAGAAGAGUGUCGCAAACAGCACGGCUGGCGAGCGCAGGGUUCAGAAUGCAAAACACGAUUAGACGUGCACAUGCUCAAAUGAGCUGUGAAUCAUGUUUAUUUUAUAAAUUAAAAACAAAUAAAAUUACAUUUUGUCUGGUUUUA